AAUCACCUUAGGGGUCAAACACGGAAGCAGGAAGUAGCCAACCGAAGGAAACAAGUAAACUUUGAACCUUAACACCAAAGAAAACCGAGUUGAACUCAUUUAGAUUCGUCAAAAGAGCGACGAUUUGUCUCGCUAUUUGAAUAGCGUUUCAAUAAGAUAUUAAGAUUAACGCGGUUCCGACAGCAGUUUAAAUACGGCCACGUACGUCGUUUGUUGACAUGGCAAAACGACUGCCGAGCUAACAUUAGCCUAGCCACUCGGCUAAGGGGAAUUCAAGUCACAUGAGCUGACAAUAAACAUGUAUUCCUAAUAAUAACGACGACUUUUACUCACUUGGAAGCCUUUGUUGGGGUCGCCGUUCGUCCAACGUUUUGUUAGCCCCGAAAAUCCUGUCGUCUUCAUGAUACGAUGCCUUGUUCGUGUGGGAAUUGGAGAAGAUGGAUUCGGCCUUUGGUUGUCUUGUUGUAUAUUUUACUGCUGCUUGUGGUCCUGCCGCUGUGCAUUUGGGAACUUCAGAAGUCGGCGGUUGGCACUCAUAACAAGGCAUGGUUCAUAGCUGGGAUAUUUGUCUUCAUGACCAUCCCCAUAUCAUUAUGGGGCAUCCUGCAGCAUUUGGUUCACUACACUCAGCCUGAGCUUCAGAAACCGAUCAUCAGAAUAUUGUGGAUGGUGCCAAUAUACAGCUUGGAUAGUUGGAUUGCCCUGAAAUAUCCCCACAUCGCCAUUUACGUGGACACGUGCCGCGAGUGCUAUGAGGCCUACGUGAUCUACAACUUCAUGACCUUCCUGCUCAACUACCUAGAGAACCAGUACCCGAGUUUGGUCAUGAUGCUGGAAGUCCAGGAGCAACAAAAGCACCUCCCGCCCCUCUGCUGCUGCCCGCCUUGGCCCAUGGGAGAGGUUUUGCUCUUGAGGUGCAAGCUGGGAGUCCUGCAGUACACAGUGGUUCGACCCGUCACAACGGUUAUUGCUCUUGUCUGUCAACUGUGCAAAGUGUACGACGAAGGAAACUUCAGCUCCACCAACGCUUGGACCUACCUGGUGAUCGUCAACAACAUGUCACAACUGUUUGCCAUGUACUGCCUGGUGCUGUUCUACAGGGCUCUGCGAGAGGAGCUGAGUCCCAUCAAGCCGGUGGGCAAGUUCCUGUGCGUUAAAAUGGUGGUGUUCGUCUCAUUUUGGCAGGCAGUGCUCAUCGCCUUGCUGGUCAAGGUGGGCGUCAUCUCAGAGAAACGCACGUGGGACUGGCAAAGUGUGGAGGCCGUAGCCACCGGACUACAGGACUUUGUGAUCUGUGUGGAGAUGUUCCUGGCAGCUAUAGCUCAUCACGUGAGCUUCACGUACAAGCCUUACAUCCAGGAGGCCGAGGAGGGCUCCUGCUUUGACUCCUUCAUGGCCAUGUGGGACGUCUCCGACGUCAGGGCCGACAUCUCGGAACAAGUCCGCAAUGUCGGUCGAACAGUGAUGGGUCGCCCCCGGAAGCCAUAUUUUGGUGAGGCGCAGAGCUCUGGCGAGCGCUCCGGCCUCCUCUCAUCGUCAGCCUCGCAGGACAAUAUCGGCGAGGCAGCGUCUGAUCCGCCGUCGCCCGGCGGGCACUACCAGGGCAUGGGACGGACGCCGCACUCCCUGUCUGCCCCCGCCGGCCUCGGCCAUGGACAAGAAGUCACAAGUGACGCAAGCAAGGACGAUGAUGCUGCUGCUGAUGAUAACGACAACGGGGGCGGUGACGGCGGAGCCGAAGAGCCAGCCCAAGCGGAUCUGAUAGUCAUCACUUAGUGGCCUAAUCGUUCAUGAACGGGCAGGCCGCGAUGACUUUGCUAACUAUGGCAGACCAAUUCAUAACAUGACAGCUGCAAGAAUGUUACGUGUGGAAAUGACACGAUGUGGGAUCACACAAUUGACUCACACGUCUCAUUUAUAGACUUUGAAGUUACAAUUUAAAGCAAUAGCGCCUUUGCCAUUCAACCUAAUUUGUUACUGAUUUGCAGGGAUAUGCACAUCCGGGGUCAAAUUACCCACGGGUUAACAAUGUAUGUCAUGUACCAAUUUGUGCCAUGUAAGAAGAGUAUUUUAGGGCCACACUGAAAAGUCAAACUAAUAAUUACAAGAAUGAAGAUAGAAUGUGAUGAGAA